AUGAGAGAGGUUGAAGAGUACCAAAAUACAUUAAAUGCGCUCGUGAGAGAGAAGAAAACCUUUUCCAGUCAGCAACUAGAAUCACAGAAACGGAAAUGCAAAGAUUCUGGGUCAAGUGAAGGUGACGAGUCUCCUUGUGAAAUAGCGAAGAGGAAUCAAAUAAAUCGAACAAUGAUUACAGUUAUAAAGGAAUAUUGCAAAAAAAAUUCGACAUCUAAUCCUGCACAUAGUUAUAUUCUUGAUCUCUCCCCAACUUCAAAAAUUGCAAGAGAAUUUGCACCAAGUUAUUGGUCCGGACUCAUUUCCGAUCGUCCUAAUGUAAUUAAUGUGGAGUAUCAUGGUGAAUUAAAACCAAUUCACGAUCAGUUGUUUGAACAAAAAAGACUAAAUAUUCAACAAGCUCGUGCUCUAUGGGAAGGUUUAAGGAAUAUUAAGGCUCCUGAAUAUGACGAAGGAUUCUCGUAUAAUAAAGAUGACUGGAAAAAAAUUAUAUGGUGGAUAGAAUGGGCUAUUGUGAUGAGAGAAUGGUUGGAAGGUUACCUGAUUCCAAUUUUUCAAGGUGCUUUGGCACUUGAUGGUCGUUUCGAAUCGCGUGAAGUUACAGUGCAAGCUUCCUUGCAAAGACGGAAUUCUGACAAAAAUGUUUUAGAAGAAUUUGUAGAUCGUGGCCAUAUGGCAGAUAUGUUAUGCUCUACCAAUUCAUACGAAAUGCUUCGUUUAUUGGCCUGUGGUGGUCCACACAAAGAUGAUCUCACCAAAGAAGCUUCUGAUCAAUUUCAAUUACAACAGUUGCUAAAAGACACCCUUGAUGAUAUGCUUAUGAAAUAUUACAAUAAUGUCAAAAAAGAUGAAACGUGUUUGUAUACAAUAGGGGUUCAACAAUACAAGACAGAAGUUCGUAUUUAUUUAAUGGAAAGACGUGCAGUUUAUCAUUUUCACCUUAUCAAAACGUUUAGUGAAUCAGAUGCGAAAAAACGACCUGCUGAAGAAAUCAAUAAUAGAUUGGGAAGAAAUAUAUCGAUUUUGUCAUUAUCAUGA